AUGGCGCGCGCGCAGAUACAGACGCUCGUGAGCAUCACGGGCCAGGGCGAGGACGACGUCGUGGCGAUGCUCAAGAAAUACGCGGGGGACGUGAACGCGGCGACGAACGCGCUCAUGGACAUGGAAAAGUUCGAGGAGGUCUCUAAGAAGGGCGCGAAGAAGCCGGCGGCGUCGAAGGCCGCGCCGACGAAGAAAGACAAGAACGACCGCGACCGCAAGGGCGGCGAGAGACGCGAGAAGCAAGACCGCAAGGGCGGCGGCAAAGUCCCGCUCCCCGCGCCGCGCGCGGGCGAGGGCGGCCGCGAGCGUCGCGACCGCCGCGGCGACGCGCGAGGGCCCAAACCCGCCGCCGGCGCCGACGACGCGACGAGUCAGCCGUUAUACUCGCGCGCGAUCGGCGCGGGCGGGCCGACGCCCGGGCAGGCGCAAGCGCGCGCGGCGCCCGGCCCCGCGCCCGGCGUGUCGGCGCCCGCCGCGGCCGCCGCCGCCGCCGCGGCCGCGCCGAAGUGGGGCGGCGCCGGCGGACGCACUGCCGCGGAGAUCGUCCGAGGGCCGAGGACGCCGGCGCCGACGGCGGCGCCGGCGAAAUCGACGCGCGGACCGGCCGCGGGCGGCGCGCGGGGCGGGAAACAACAACAACAGCAGCAGCAGCAGCAACAACAACAAACGAACGCGGGUCGACCGUUACCGCGACCGAACGGCGGCGGCGGCGACGUCCCGCUCGCGCGCGCCGGCGGCGGCGGCAAAUCUGUCCCCGCGCCCAACUUUGGCGUCGCGGCGGCGGCGACGGGCGCGGCGGCGGCGCAGCGGGGAGGCGCGCCGCGGUCGGCGCCGGCGGCGUCGGACGGCGGCUGGGGCGGACCUGGGCCCACCGUCGUUUCCGCGGACACGUUCGGGUACGGGUUCGACGGCGCGACGGCGCCGCCGGCGGCGGCGGCGGAGGCGCCCGGCGUCGUCGCCGCGGCGAGCGCGCAGAGCGUCGGCGCGAGCGACGGCGGCCUCGGGUUGCGGUUCGGCAGCUUCGGCGGCGCGGGAGUGGGUGAUUUCGGAUUCGCGCAGGGGCUCGGCGGCGCGUCCACCGCCGCCGCGUCCGCGGGCGCCGCGGACGCGGGCGCCGCCGCCGCGGGGUCGUUUUCGUCCUACGUCAACGACAACAAGCAGCAGCAGCAGCAGCAGCAGCAGCAGCGGGCGCAGGGCGGGAUGAAGCUGCCGGACGACUUGAAACAAGACGCAUCGCAGGGCACCGCGGGGGCCACCUCGGGCGCGCCGGCGUCGAGCGCGCAUCACUCCGCGCACCAGCACGCCGCCGCGUCGCAGCACUCGCAGCACUCGCAGCAGAUGCCGUACGGCUACGGCGGCAUGCCCAACGCGUACAACUACAUGAUGCCGCCGCAGGUGAUGCCCGGGGCGGAGGCGUACGGCGCGUACGGCGCCGCGUACGGCGCCGGCGGCGCCGCGGGCGCGGGCGCGGGGUCGUACGACACGAACGACUACCUCAGGAACCAGUUCGGCGGAGCGCAACAAACCGCGGGCGGGUCGACGGCGAGGUCGCAGCAGGGGCAGCAGGCGCAGGCGCGAAGCGCGCCGCAGGGCGCGAGCGGCGCCGGCGCCAACGUGUACGGCUCCGUCAACGCGAACAAGAGCGCAAACUCCAACGCGGGCAACGCGGGGGGACGGGCGUCGGGCGGCGGCGCGAAGGAGUCCUCGGGCGCGCCCGCGCCGGCGGCGAUGCAGCAGGCGUUCGCCGGCGCCGGCAUGGCGGGCGCGUACGGCCACCCGGGUAUGUACGGCGGGUACUACAUGCCGCCCCCCACGGCGCCGUACGUGCAGUCGCCGUACUACGGGUAUCCGCAAGCCGGCGCGUACGGCGUGCCCCCGAACGCGGGAGGGUACGGAGGGCAAAACGCCGGCGGCGUCGGCGUCGGCGGCGCGCAAAAGAAGACGUCGGCCAACGCCGGCGCGCAGCACAGCGCGUACGGGCAACAGAGCUACGGACAGCCGUCCGCGAAGGCGACGCCCGCGCCGCCGGCGCCGCCCGCGGGCGGCGACGCGUACUCCGCGUACGGUCAGUACGCGCAGCAGCAGUACGGCGGUCAGCACAUGUAUCGGUGAGCGAGCGACGACGGACCGGAGGAUCCGCGACGACGGAGGAUCUGAACGCGCGACGUUCGUCGACGCGCUCUCUUCGCUUCGCUUCGCUUCUUCUCGCUACUAUUAAGAGGUACACUAAGAGUAUGACGA